AUGAUCAACUCGAAGAGGAUUUUGGAGAUCGCUCGCAAAUGGCAGAAGCAAGCCAUGAGACAAAGGAAACGAACCUCCCUCAAAACAACUAGUGAAGAAGUUGGACCAGUUGCUGAUGAGGGCCACUUUGUCAUUUAUACAACAGAUGGAAGCCGCUUUGUGAUUCCUUUGGCUUUUCUUAACCGCCCCAUCUUUAGAGAGUUACUCUUGAUGGCUAAAGAAGAGUUCGGUUUUGUAGGAUCCAAUCCUCUCAGGGUGCCCUGUGAGGCAUUGGUAAUGGAAUACAUAGUCUGCCUUUUGAGAAAAAAUGCGUCAAAAGAGUUGGAUAAAGCACUGGCUUACAUGGCCUCAUGCAGAACCUCUCUUGCUUCCCUAUCCCUUCAUCAAACUACCCCUGCAAACAUGAUUCAACAUGGAUUUUGA